AUGCCUCAAAUGUCUGAAAAAUUACAGUCGGACCAUGUCGAGGCUGGCUGGUCUUCCGUUGAAACCGAACCUGAGGCCGGCCGGAGUGUGCCUGCUGGCCACAUUCCCGUGACAAAUGAAGAGAAAGCCAUGAGCCGAGCGCUGAACCGCAAGUUUGACAUCGCGCUCUUGCCUUUUCUGUCGUUGCUGUACCUCUUCAACGGCCUCGAUCGCGGCAACGUGGGAAAUGCUGAGACGCAAGGCUUUACCACGGACAUCGGAGCCCAUCCAGACGAUCUCAACCUGGCUGUGAGCUUGUUCUUCAUUACUUUUGUACUAUUUCAACCUCCCUCCGCCGCCGUCGGAAGAUACCUCGGGGCGAAGUACUGGGUACCUGUCAUCAUGGUUUGCUGGGGCGUCCUCACAAUUUGCCAGGCUUUUAUCAAAGGACGAGCUACAUUGAUUGCUACGCGACUGCUCAUUGGCGUUUUCGAAGCGGGGUUCUAUCCUAGUUGUGUUUUUUAUCUGUCGACAUUCUAUACGCGCUACGACCUCGCCGUACGCAUCGGCCUCUUCUAUGGUCAAUAUGCCAUCGCUGGCGCGUUCUCUGGCUCUAUCGCGUACGGUGUUUUCCACAUCACGACCGGUUCGCUCAAGAAUUGGCAGUACCUCUUCAUCAUCGAAGGCGGCGCCACGUGCUUGAUCGCCAUCAUUGCGUGGUUUUGGUUGCCUCUCGGUCCGGGGAGUGCGUGGUUUCUAAAAGAGAAGGAUCGCGCAUACGCCGUGGAGCGCAUCCGCCUAGACAGCGCGAUGUAUGCGCAGCAUACCUAUGGCAAUAGUGGGCUCGAGAAGGAGAGGUUGACGAGACGUGAUGUGGUUGAGACAGCAAGAGAUUGGAAGCUUUGGUAUGUGCUCGGCUUCAAUAUACUAGCCAGCAUACCCGGCCAAGCAUUCUCCGUCUUUCUACCUCUUGUUGUGAAGGGGUUGGGAUACUCGUCCAUUGAGGCGAACUUGAUGUCUGUGCCGCCAUAUAUUUGUGGAGCAGUUGGGUUGUACAUUUUCGCCAUCAGCUCCGAUCGAAGGAAGGAACGUGGCUAUCACAUCUUUGUUUCCCUCGUGAUUGAACUCGUCGGGCUCAUCAUUACGGUGACUGUCCAACAUCACGGCGGCAAGUACGCUGGUUUGUGCAUCUUGUUGUUUGGAAGUUAUGUCUCUGCACCAUUGACCGUGGCUUGGCUGAGCGGGAACACUCCUGAACCUGGGAAGAGAGCUCUCGUCUUGGGCGUGAACGGGUUUGGAAAUCUAUCCGGAGUCAUCGGCUCCCAACUCUUCCGGUCAUCAUAUGCGCCGAAGUACCUGAUCCCAUUUUACGUGACGCUAGGGUUCAUCGCAGUUGCGCUGGCUGGAUACCUUGCGUACCGGUUCACAUUAGCCGCGGUCAAUAGGCGACGGCAAGCCAAGGUGGACGCCAUGAGCCCUGAAGAGAUCGAGGACGAGAAGACCAACCCUCAGAGAUAUGGCGACAAGAAGUAUACCUUUAUCUACGGCCUGUGA